AUGCCCAUGGGCUCAGCUCGCUAUGACUGUGAUUUUGGUUCAGCGACUGGAAUAUGCGACUACACACAGGACACAGACGAUGACUUCAACUGGACAGGUCAAAGGUCAUAUUCAAACACGAGAAAUCAAGACACUGCCCCAUCAGAUACGUUCGUCUGUGCGUGUAAGGAUGGUACCCGCCCUUCACCCGGUUCCAUUGCUCGCUUCCGGUCGGGUAUCUUCCCCGCCACCGGUGAUUCCACGGUGACCGUCUCCUACUGGUACAACGUCUAUCGUCGAGAUGGAGGAGAGUUACAGGUGUUUAUCAUGAACCACGGCUCUACCAAUAACAAGAGGAUACUGAUGAGGAAGGGAAGUGACGGAAGAGGAUGGAGAAAGGCGAAUUUUAACGAAUCUGUCUCGGAACCGUUCCAGCUCAUAUUUGAAGCAACCGUGGGAGAAACUCCAAACAGUGGUGUUGCCCUUAGCAACCUGACUUUCACCGUUUAUAGCUCUCGGAAAUUUACAGGUAGAAGUGAGCAUGGCGGCAUAGUGGAAGAAACAUCGACAUUGCCUGUAGAACAAGCGGGUAACAUAUCACAAGGAAGUAAUCUAGAUACAGUCAGUAAUCGACCCUCUCUGACCUUUCUAAUUGCCGUGGUCGCCAGCAGUGCCGUGGUCGUCAUCCUAAUCCUCUUUGUGGUCGUUGUCGUGUGCCUCGUUAGGAAGAUAAGGAUUCUGAGUUCCACCGCUCACCCCUACGAGGAGAUCUCAUCGACUAAAUCAGAGCGAGGCACCAUGGAGAUCACUCAUCAGAAAGACUUGUUCAUCAAUGACAACGGCUCCACUUUACCUCGCUGGAAACACUUAUCCUACCUCUCAGCUCACGACAGCAACCGCUCCAGCAUCUACGCCGAGAUUACCGAAGCCGAAGAGCGUCGCUCAAGGUUUCACCGCUCAGGUACGGGUACGACCGGCGAUUCGUUCGUCACCGCGUAUUCCCUGCAGCAUCUAAUCGACCGAGCGACGACGUUGAACGUCAUCACAAAGUCCGAAGAGACAUCCAGGCGGCAGAGCGAGAGCGGGUGGGUGGAUAAUGUGAUCUACGAGAGCGGUUUGGAUAUGCGCGAACUGACGGCAUCUGCUGAAGAUAAACCUGUGGAUAGGGAGGUGCUUACCUACAGGAGAUUCACAGGUCCUGGUGCAUUCGGGUUUGGAGGAAUCAAUGCAGGAUGGAUCGAAGACCUGUCACGAUCGAGAACUCUUUGAGCAUUUCUCAACGACAUUGUGAAAGAAAUUUCAAGACGGAGAAGUCCCGUGGAAUCGGUCCGUCGUAACAGCAACAAAACAGAUUAAAUCGAAGAUCCUUAGACCUGUCUUGAUUCAUAGAAUUAUUUGAAAGAAAAAUUCAGCGAAAAAAUCCAGGAGCCCUACGAUUUGAAGGAAUCAAUACAGGAUGGAUCGAGGGCCUGUCGAGAGCUCUUUAAUGACAAAUUACGAAAGUCCGGCUGGGGAUAUCAAAGCGAAAACGACCACAGACCUCCGAGACUUCAAUCGAUCUCUAGAAUUCUUUCCGAGAAGUAUGGACCAAGAGUAAAGUAAGAUCAUGGUAUUGAGUGGCAAUUAGAUUUGGACGAAUACAUCGAAGUUCUCACGGAAUCGAAAACUCUUUGAAAUUGACCAUGUAAGAGCAACAACCAACGUCAAAUGUAAAACUCACCAGCCUUUGUAAUAGUGUUCGCGUUUAGACGAAGAAAUUCAGGACUAAUUGAAAGACCAUUACGGUCAAGAACUCUAUUUAAUAUAGUUUGCUUGUUGGAGAGUGCAGUAGCAUUUAGUGUUAAUAUUUGAGUCUGUAUAUAUGCUGUUAGAAGAGGACAUUCAUCAUAGAUGGUAAACGAUAUACCGUAGAUAGAAUGUAUAUAUUAGUUUUUGGAUUGUUGACCGAGACCAUGUUUUAGAGUCCCUUUGAGUUAGAGAACUUCAGAAGAAAGCAAUCUUAUGACAAAUGCCUAUACUAUGAGCCAUCGCAAUGAUGCGGAUUUACGUGCGGCUCUGUGGUAGGGCAGUCGUGUCUCGUAACCGGGAUGUCCCAGGUUCGAAACCAAGUCGAUGCGCUAGUGCACUCCGAUAAGGUAGCAAACCUCACUACCAAGUCCUUUUGUAUAUGACCUAUAUAUGCACGUCCAGUUGCUUACCUUAAAUUUUAGAGCAUAACUCAGCAAUCGUUCUUUUAAUAACAUUCUGAAGCACUCUAAAUGUUUGUAGUAGACCGCUGAAGGCGUUCGUAAGUGCGCACAAUGUGUGCCCCAUCCCCGCUUCAAUGUGAAUAUCCCCAUCGUAUAAUGGUCAUCGUAAGGGCUUAUAAGAAAUAACAAGUGCAUCCUACGGAUUCCUACCCACUCUAGAUUUCUCCGAUCCGUUUAUACUGGCAAAUGUAGACCUAUCUGUGCUGCUAAACAUGCUUCAGAAGCUAGGUUCACCCAAAUUAGACAAUUCAUGUAUUAUAUUCAUUAUGUAGAUGUCAUUGUGCAGGGACUUUUGUAAUUUGAUACGUAAAUAAACGUAGAAACACAACAGAAAA